AUGGCAUGGAGCGGCGACCCUGACGGCAUUUACAGCGCGCUUGGCGUGAAGCGCAUUAUCGCGGCGUCUGGCAGCACGACCGCUUACGGCGGCAGCAAGACAAGGCGCGAGAUUCUGGAGGCGAUGAACAAGGCGUCCGGGAUGAUGGUGAGUCUGGACGAGCUGAACCGCGCAGCGAGCAGCAUAAUUGCGGAUGCGACGGGCGCGGAGGCGGGCUUCGUAUCGAGCGGCGCGGCGGGCGGACUCGUACUGCAAGCGGCCGCGGUCAUCGCCGGCUCGGACCCGGCAAAGAUGGACAGGCUGCCGGAUAGCAGCGGCAUGAAGAACGAGAUUAUCAUCCACAAGAGCCAUCGCUUCCCUUACGACCAGUGCUACACCUCUGUCGGCGCGAAGUUCGUGGAGAUUGGCGACGGCAGGCGCUGCCAGCCGUGGCAGCUUGAGGCGGCGUUCACCGAGAACACGGCGGCAGUCGCGUACCUGUUCUCAGCCGUUCAUCACACGGCGUUCCAUUCCGUUCCCGGAGGUCUGCGAGAUAGCGCACAGCCACGGCGUUCCGGUCAUCGUUGA